AGGGGAAUCCUUGUUCAUGCAGUACAUGACGAUGGCAUUGUUGCUGAAGACGGUCGUAUUGCUGUUGGUGAUCGACUUUUAGCGGUCAAUGGCGUCGAUCUACGUGACGCUGAUCAUGAAACCGGAAAGAAGAUAAUCCGAAAUGCAGGUGAUUCCCUUCGUCUUCUCAUUUAUCGAGAGCCUCCGACAUGUCUCGGGGAAACAGAACAACCACAGGAAAUUGAGGUGACGAUAGUGCGAAAACCAGGUGAAAGCCUUGGCUUGUCGCUCUUCGGUCGCUCACCCUAUAGCACGGGCACCGCCAUCGCUGCGAUU